AGUGUUAUGAUGCAGCUCCACAACACACAGCCACAUUCACCCACAGACCGAGGCUCAGAAAGAGAGGCAACCUCUGCCCCCCCAGCAGCUGGCCAGCUUUGCAGACCCGGGUCCAGAACCCCCUGACUACCCUCCCCCGCCCCCCGCCCCUUCCCAAUUGAAGGAGCAGAAAGAGAAGAGAGAAGAGUGAGCAGAGAGAUUGAGAGAGACAGAGAGAUAGACGGAGAUCUCUGGAGCAGACCUCAAGGUGACUUCCGUUUCUGUCUGCUUCUCGUCUGGGGGGGCCCUAGCCGGGCAGCCCCCCCACAUUUCUCCUGCCCUGAAACACGGCUCUAGCCAACCUGCUCCGCUGCUUCACCUGCGAUCGUCUGUGUGGGGGCUGCACGGCGCCAGCCCCUCCGGCCCGCCAGGGCAUCGUCCUCCAGCCCGUCAUGCCCAGCUGUGACCCUGGCCCGGGCCCUGCCUGCCUCCCCACCAAGACUUUCCGCAGCUACCUGCCCCGCUGCCAUCGCACUUACAGCUGCGUCCACUGCCGUGCACACCUGGCCAAACACGAUGAGCUUAUUUCCAAGUCCUUCCAAGGGAGCCAUGGCCGAGCCUACCUGUUUAACUCCGUGGUCAACGUGGGCUGUGGGCCAGCUGAACAGCGCCUCCUGCUCACGGGUCUUCACUCUGUAGCUGACAUUUUCUGUGAGAGCUGCAAAACCACCCUGGGCUGGAAAUAUGAGCAAGCUUUUGAGACGAGCCAGAAGUACAAGGAAGGGAAGUACAUCAUUGAAAUGUCACACAUGGUGAAGGACAACGGCUGGGACUGAGGGGCUCAGGCAGGCUUUGCCCUUCCUCCGCAUGCCCCAUCCUCCCCUACACAUGCCCCCUGGCCCUGCCAAGCAGUCCAUACCAGCAUGAGUACUGCCCACCCCUGGGGGAAACCUGGCUCCGAUCAACCCUGCCCCUGCCCUCACCUCACCACUACCAGGCCUCUUUUGGAACAGGGGCCUGGGGUACCCCAGGGGUGUUCAAGGCUCAGGAGUGGGCAGCAGUCAGGGAGAGACAGACUGGGGAAAGGGGUGGCUGUGGGACCAUUAGGUCCUGAAACUUGAAACUACGGCAGGGCGGCACCGACUCAGGCAGAGAGAAGUAUGGGAGGAGUCAGUUUUUGCCCCACCUCCUCUUGAUUGAGCAGAGGACAGGCGUGGGUCACCGGGCUAGUAGGACCCAGGUCACAGAAGAGCAGAUCAGAAAAGGCUUGGGUUUGAAUGUCAUUUUGGUCUCGAACACUGGGAGGGGCCAGCCUCCCUAAAGGGGAACAGUUUCCCACCCCCAGUCAUAGGAGGAAGGGUGAAGGAACAACGCAAACCCCAGACCCUGGGAAAACAUAAAAGGAUCAAAGGGGUUUCCAUUCCACUCCACUUGUUUAUCUUGGCACUAAAGAGGCACUUCGGAGUUGCUAACCUUUGCUGUGGAGUGGGGUGGGGGUAGCUGCCCCUCCAACAGCGCCCACCCCCACCCCCAGUUGGCUGUUCCCAGAGUGAGCAGUCUCUGUGGGCAUUGUCCAAGGCCCAGCCACUGUUUCUUGGGACCCAGUUCCCUGGAGAGAAGGUGGGAAAUCAGUGCUACGGGGCCGGUCUUUCCCGUGGCUGCCACCAGCGAACGACACUUUUGUAUGAUACAUAAAAUGUUUGGGUCUAUUUUUAAUAAAAAGGGGAAAAGCAACU